AUGUCGUUGCACUGUUGCUUCUGUGGUUGCUGAGAUGACCGUUACAAAUAGAGCCUUGGUCUGAGAAUAUUUGUCUGGAAGCGUAGCGUAAUCAGACGAAUAUUUCCGUCUCAGUUCAAUACGACAUAGCUUAGCGGUACUCCGCCUUUGGAGAAUAACAAUUCGGUUAGGCACGGCUCGUUACUGAAGCGACCAGCUUACUGCAAACUUGACACAAGGGACUCGUUUCUGAACUACAAGAGUUGUUACCUGUCUCGUCGAGUUGCGAGUCGCAUCAGUUGCACGGGUCUCUUUCACGCAUAGGGCGUUAUCACCGUCUUAGACUUGGCACUGAGGGAUUGCAGAAUGUCAUCCAAGAAGAAACCAAGUAAGCGAGAGGCUCCCAAGACCUGGCUACAUCCGUCAUCUCACCUGGUAAAUGGCAGUAUCAUCUACAAUGCUAAGUUCUGGGGUUCAACUGAAGUCAGUGAGCCAAAAGGUGCUGAUAUUGUGAAGGGCGCUAUUGAGCGGCUAAAGUUCCAAGUGCACAUCAAGCGCAGCCAGGGUCACAAGCCACCUAAGGUGGAGAUAUGCAUCUCCUAUCAAGCUCUUCGUGUGCAGGAUGCAAAGACAAAGGCGUUUAUCCACCAACAUCCGCUGACAAAGAUUUCAUACUGUGGGGAUGACAAGUCGAACAAGUCUGUCUUUGCCUACAUUUCCAAAGAAGCCGACUCUGAGACGCAUUUUUGCUACGUCUUUGAAACGGACAAGAUUGCUAGCCAGAUAACGCUGACGGUGGGUCAGGCAUUCGACUUGGCAUUCAAGAAGGUGCGGGGAACUUCAAGCGAUGCCGAUCUGCAGAAGAAGGUGCUGGCCAUGCAACAAUCUGUUGAUCAAGCAGAACAGGAGAAACACGAGCUACGGAAACGGAUAGCUGAAUUGCAGAUGACCAAGGACAUGACCGAUGUCGAAACAAUGAAGCUUCAGGAGCAGGUGACCCAAAUGCAGCCAAAUACAAGCGCCGACCUUCUAGGCCUGGGUCAGCAAGCCCCGACCCAGCCGAGACCACCAGCAGCAAUUCCAGCAGCUGCACAGCCACCCGUUGCCCAGCCUAUGGUGCAAGCAGCAGCACCGGCACCAGCCCAGCAGCCACAGUGGGCAUCGUUUGAUGACCCGCCUGCAGAGGCCAGUCAACCGUACAGUAUGCUUUCAUUCCAGCAGGAGCAGCAGGCUCAGGCUGCUCCGGCCGUACAGCCUCCCGUAGCUCAACAGGCUCAAUGGGCAAGUUUCGACGCUCCCGCUCCAGCGCAGGCAGCACCCGCAGCGCCCGUUGCACCCGCUGCACCUGUGGCACCGCCAGCACAACCUCCAGCAGCACAACAACAAGACAGCUGGUUCAGCCCUAGUGCGACGCAAACAUCCACCGCGCCAGCAGCUGGCGACAGCUGGGCAAGCUUCGAUGAGCCAGCGCCACAGGCAGACUAUGUCAACGUGCCCGCAGCCUCUUCAGCAGGACAAUUUCAGCCAUUCUCCAGCAUUGAGCAACCUCCUGCAGUUGGUGGCGGUGCCGGCAGUGGUGGUGGUGGUGGUGGUGACAUUGACCAGGCAAUUCUAGAUAUCGAGGCACAGUUAGCUGGCCUUCAGGAUGGCUUUGACCAGGGCUUCAACCUAGAUCCGAUGUCACCUACCUCUCCCACAGGUGGUAAUCCUAGUGGUGGUGGCCUCAUGCAAUUCUAAAUCGAUCCUCCAUCUAGUCGUCGUCAGCACCUGCAAACAGACUGAAAUGAGAUUUAAGUAUAAAUACGAUACCGGCCCUGGCUGUUUCCUGUGAACCCUUUCGUGUUUUUCGUCCCUUUCUACUUCUUCGCAAACACUGUUUCUCUGGAAGAUGUAUUGCAUUGUGCGUUUCCACGAAAUGUAGAGAUAGAUAGCACCCAGCUUUGUCAAUUCUUCCACCGGCAUGUGCAUUCAGCGUACCGGUGAAUAAUCUAAAGGCAGUUUUCUUUUUGCUCAACCCAAUGGUUUGCACGUGUCUCUUUUAUCCAGAGCAAUAAGUUAUGCUUUACUGUAACUCAUGCUAUAUCGUAAAUGAAUUGUUUAUAAUAACA